AUGAGAUGGCUUCGUGAAAUCAUUGACGAGAUCUUUGAGCUGGGAGCGCUUCGCUGUCUUGCUUUUGCAUUAGCUGCAUUCGCUGGAGCGUGGUACCUAGAGAAAAGCUCUUACCACGAAGGUCUGAUUGUGGACACAAACUUUUUCAGCGACGCUGGCGACGCUGGUGCUCUUCUGCUGGCUAGUACCCAUCCAGACGCCAACCUACUCGGAGUCAACGUCAAUUACCCCUCGGUAACAUCUGCCUUAGCAGUUAAAAAUAUUUUGGGCUACUAUGGUGAACUCUCUGUUCCCGUUGGGCUUCACCCAGGCGCCCAAAACUUCACGAUUCUUCAUAGGAUUCAAGUCGAUGAUGGAGAUCUCGCGGCCAGGUUGAUGUGGGGUUGGCAGAGAUACAGCCCCCGAACCUCCCAAAACAAUGAUAGGGUUCCCAUCACUCCAUCCUUGGACAUGUACCGUAGCGUUUUGGCUCGUGCAAAGCGCAAGGGCAUCACGAUUGUGAGCAUUGGGUUUCUCGAUGAUCUUUCUGACCUUCUCAACUCCCCUGGGGAUACGUACUCUUCUCUUCUGGGAUACGAUCUAGUCAAACGGAAGGUCAAAGAGCUCGUCAUUAUGGGAGGCCAAUACCCCUUCGGUCAAGAGUCCAACUUUCUCUACAACCCAGGGGCCGCAGCCAAUGUCGUCCGCAAUUGGCCUAGCAAGAUUGUGUUCUCAGGCUCUGAGCUAGGUCGACAUGCCCUCUCCGGGGCCAGACUGACGACUGAGGCCAGGUUUGGCGAUCCAGUCAUGACAGCAUACUGGUGGAAAAAUGGGUACAACCGUUCUCAAGAAUCCUGUGACCCGCUGACGAUGCUCUAUGCUAUCGAAGGGCCCGGUGAGAUGUUUGAAUAUGCAGGCACAGACGGUCUGAAUUCUGUUUUCUUGGACGGAAUCAAUGUCUGGGUCGAAGCUAAAGGAGACUACAAGCAGGCCUACCUGAAGCUGAAGGUCUCCAAUGAGACGGCAGCGGCCAGACUUGACGACCUGUUUGUUCAGGGUGCGGCCCUGUAUGCCAAAGAACGGCCCAACUUGGUCUAG